CAGGAUGAGGAAGACAUCCUGGAAGCUGACGAUGAAAGGUCAUCAUGUGAAUCCGAGGAGAAUCAAGCACAGGUGGGUUAUUCUCAAAUUUUACCAUUAGAAUAAUGGUUAAAAACCAUCAACGUGUUAUCCGUUGCUUGGUCUUUCUUAAGUACAAAAGUAGAAUAAGUUACAUGAUCUUGUACAACUAUGGGCAUUGCUAAAAUUAUAAAAUGCUUAGGAAACAACAAGACUUUUCAGACAGUAUCAAUAUCCCAACCAAGCUUUAUGUAAUUCAUAUUUUUACACGCUUUAAUACCAGUACAAUGAUGAUGAACCUUUCGUUUUUUCGUUUCAUAGCAAAUCGAAACCCAGACCAAGUUCCAAGACUUACCCGAGUUCAAACAUUUGCCAGUUAAUGAGGUAAAACCUUCCCAGUAUGACAUUGCUUUCAAACAGAGUAGCCUCAUUGAAAAAAAAUAUGGUUAAUUAGGUUUCUAUUUGCGCAAUGCUUUACGGCAUGAGCGCUACUUGAUGUUUUUGUUGACUUUGUUGUUUGAUCGAAACAUUAAGAAGGUAAAUAUUGUUUCCUGAUUUGUUGCCAGGACAAAAAAGGAAGCCUCAAACCAGGAGAUGCAAGAUCGUUUGAAUCACGUGACCCUCAGGAACAGGUGGGUACUCAUAUUUUGUAA